AUGGAGCUGGCGGGCACCAGACCUGGGGCGACAGAGCAUCUACGACUCCGGCCGCCCAUGUCCUGGCUGCUGCUGCUGCCUCUCCUGCUGCUACUGCUGCUGCCGGGCCCAGCGGCCUCCCAGCUACGAUACUCGGUGCCGGAGGAACAGGCACCCGGCGCGCUUGUGGGCAACGUGGCUAACGCGCUGGGGCUGGAGCUGCGGCGUUUGGGGCCGGGCUGCCUGCGCAUCAACCAUCUGGGUGCGCCCAGUCCGCGCUACCUGGAGCUGGACCUGACAAGUGGAGCGCUCUUCGUCAACGAGCGCAUUGACCGGGAGGCGCUGUGUGAGCAGCGGCCUCGCUGCCUGCUCAGCUUGGAAGUGCUGGCGCACAGCCCCGUGGCGGUGAGUGCCGUAGAGGUGGAGGUACUGGACAUCAACGACAAUUCGCCGCGCUUCCCGCGGCCGGAUUAUCAGCUUCAGGUAAGCGAAUCGGUGGCUCCUGGAGCGCGCUUUCACAUUGAGAGCGCGCAGGACCCCGACGUGGGCGCCAACUCGGUGCAGACUUACGAGCUCAGCCCCAGCGAGCACUUCGAGCUGGACCUUAAACCCCUGCAGGAGAACAGUAAGGUGCUGGAGCUGGUGCUGCGGAAGGGCCUGGACCGCGAGCAGGCAGUCUUGCACCACCUGGUUCUCACAGCUGUGGACGGAGGCAGCCCAGCCCGCUCGGGCACGGCACAGAUCUCGGUGCGUGUCCUGGACACUAACGACAAUUCUCCCACCUUCGACCAGAACACUUACCGUGUCCAGCUUCGGGAGGACGCUCCUCCGGGCACAUUGGUGGUGAAGCUGAAUGCCUCGGACCCGGAUGAGGGCUCCAAUGGCGAGCUCAGAUACUCAUUGAGCAGCUACACGUCGGACCGGGAGAGGCAGCUCUUCAGCAUCGAUGCCAGCACUGGGGAAGUGCGGGUAAGUGGAGCACUGGAUUAUGAGGAGGCCUCUUCCUACCAGAUCUAUGUGCAGGCUACUGAUCAGGGUCCAGUGCCCAUGGUGGGUCACUGCAAGGUACUGGUGGACAUCGUGGAUGUGAAUGAUAAUGCACCAGAGGUGGUACUCACGGACCUGUACAGCCCAGUGCCUGAGGAUGCUGCAUCGAAUACUGUUGUGGCCCUUCUCAGUGUCAAUGACCAAGACUCAGGCCCCAACCGGAAAGUGAGCCUGGGCCUGGAGGCCUCACUCCCUUUCCGGCUGAAUGGCUUUGGAAACUCCUACACACUGGUGGUGAAUGGUCCGCUGGACAGGGAGCGGGUAGCUGCCUACAACAUCACAGUGACAGCCACUGAUGGGGGAGUGCCACAGCUCACAUCCCAGCGGACACUGCAGGUUGAGAUCUCUGACAUCAAUGACAACCCACCAAGCUUCCUAAAAGACUCCUACAACAUCUACAUCCAGGAGAACAAUUUGCCGGGGGUGUUGCUCUGCACUGUGCAAGCCACAGACCCAGAUGAAAAGGAGAAUGCAGAGGUGACCUACUCCCUCCUGGAGAAGGAGGUUCAAGGGCUGCCAGUCACCUCCUAUGUCUCCGUUAACAGUGCCAGUGGCAGCCUUUAUGCUGUCAACUCCUUUGACUAUGAGAAGUUUCGGGAGUUCUUUGUGACUGUGGAGGCCCAGGACAAGGGGAGUCCACCGCUGAGCAGCACUGUGACCGCCAAUGUGUAUGUGGUGGACAUGAAUGACCAUGCCCCUCACAUCCUAUACCCUACCUCAACUAAUUCGUCAGCAGCCAUUGAGAUGGUGCCUCGAACUGCCCCUGCUGGCUAUCUGGUCACCAAAGUCAUAGCCAUGGACUCAGACUCUGGGCAGAAUGCUUGGCUCUUUUACCACCUGGCUCAGACUUCUGACCUGGACCUCUUUAAAGUAGAGCUACACACAGGAGAAAUUAGGACUACCAGGAAGAUGGGAGAUGAGAGUGGAACCACUUUCAACCUGACCGUGGUGGUCCGAGACAAUGGAGAGCCAUCACUGUCAGCCUCUGUGGCCAUUACAGUAGCUGUGGUGGAUAGGGUUUCCAAAAUCCUCCCUGAUACUCAGAGACACGUGAAGGGUCCUCGGACAUACUCUGAAAUUACACUUUAUCUAAUAAUAGCAUUAAGCACAGUGUCUUUUAUAUUUCUUUUGACAAUCAUUGUUUUGAGCAUCAUCAAGUGCUACCACUAUACUGCAUAUGGAACCGCGUGCUGUGGGGGCUUCUGUGGAGUGAGGGAGCGGUGCCCUGCUGAACUAAACAAACAGGCCAAUAACAAUAUUGAUGCCAGGUUACCGCACGGCCUCAAAGUGCAGCCUCACUUCAUUGAAGUGCGAGGGAACGGCUCCCUCACCAAGACCUACUGCUACAAGGCCUGUCUGACAGCAGGCUCAGGGAGUGACACUUUCAUGUUUUAUAACACAGGGGCACAGACAGGACUGGGGCCUGGGGGAGCCCAGGCGGCAGCGAGUGACAGCAGGCACCUCACAGGCCAAAGUGGGCAGAGUGCCGGGAACCUGAUCAUUCUCAAAAAUGAUGCCAUUCCUCAAAACGAGCCACGACAGCCCAACCCAGACUGGCGUUACUCUGCUUCCCUAAGAGCAGGAAUGCACAGCUCUGUGCACCUAGAGGAGGCUGGCAUUCUACGGGCUGGGCCAGGAGGGCCUGAUCAGCAGUGGCCUACGGUAUCCAGUGCAACACCAGAACCAGAGGCAGGAGAAGUGUCCCCUCCAGUGGGUGCUGGUGUCAACAGCAACAGCUGGACCUUUAAAUACGGACCAGGCAACCCCAAACAAUCUGGUCCCGGUGAGUUGCCAGACAAAUUCAUUAUCCCAGGAUCUCCUGCAAUCAUCUCCAUCCGGCAGGAGCCUACUAACAGCCAAAUUGACAAAAGUGACUUCAUAACCUUCGGCAAAAAGGAGGAGACCAAGAAAAAGAAGAAAAAGAAGAAGGGUAACAAGACCCAGGAAAAAAAAGAGAAAGGGAACAGCACGACUGACAACAGUGACCAGUGA